AUGGCAUUGGCAGACGGUAGUCCACGGCGAGCAGCCAAAUCGUCUUCCUUGAACUGGCAGAGACACAUCAGUGUAUCAGUUAAAGUAGAAGGACUGCCGCUCGAUGUAACCUCCGAAAAUUUACUCCAGUGGUUUUCCAAACAUGGUACUAUUACCUUCUGCAACAUUACCUCCGGUGCCGCCGACGAGACUCAAACUUUAGCAUCCGCUAUCGUUCACUUCGAGCCUGUGCCGAGUUACGCGUUCUGGGAAGCUGGUUCAAUCGUUAUACAGCAUCCUGAUACUGCCAAGUACCCCGAGGGACUUCGACUUCAGCUAUCUGCUGAAUCUCGCCCAGAGAGGUGGUUCAAAAGUCGUAUUCAUCCUGACGUCCGAUAUCCUGCAAGAAUCACUGCCACUCUUAGUUCGUUGGGGUUUGGCUCCAUGGUUGGCCCAACGGCCAUCAACAUCCGAAAAUUGGUUACCUCAUCCAGCAGUGCAGACGACUUCAGUCUUGAACUGGACGUGUUGGCAAAGCGCCUGAUUAUUCGCUUUCCACUUGUCAUCAAACAAGAUGAUGGCCAUUAUCAGACCAAACAGCUCAAACUUCUCGCUGAGCUGUCUCAAUUACAGACUGUCUUCUAUGUCCCGGAAAAGGGACACGAGGCAUUCAUUCUACCUUUUCCCUUUCCUCCUCAGUAUUUCUGGAAGCACGAUGAAGCAGAGCGGGCUGCCCUGACCUCGCGCCGCACUGGCUGGCGUUCUCAAGAUGCCUGGAAGAGAGCCACAGACAUUAUGGAGGAUAAUACAAACUCGCUGGCUUUCCCCGUUUCUGCCAAUCCCGUUUCAUUCCGACCAACUUAUCUAGAUGUCGGUCGUUGGACGACUUUCCGUGCUGUUGUGAAUGCCAUGGAUGGAUCCGGCAAGCUGGCAAUCCAGCACUUGAGAUUGGCGCUGGAAGAUUUAAAUAUUACGCUGCAGGUCUGUGAUCAAUUCCACGUUGGUAAUUCCACAACGACAAUGUGGGACUAUCUUGAUCAGCACCGGUUUGAAGGAGAGCAAGAUGCCCUGGCCAUCUUACAGCCAUCGAUUGCCCCAUUUGUCCAUCUGGACUUUGGAGUUCGGUAUCAGCUGGAAGUAUGCAUUACCCGCCGUGUACUCAACGAGCAUACAGUAUCCUUAGAAUUCUUGAAGAAGCUAGCUGCGCUUAAUCCGCUCGAUGCGAAGCAGCGGCUGGAAUUUCUCGUGGAUCAAGAGGGAGUUGUGCAUGAUCCUAUGGAUAUAUUUGCAAAGCGGACCAUGACAUCGUAUAGACCGAUGACAAGGAUCCCACAUUACUGUGUGUUGGCGCGGAAAGCCACUGUGACUCCUACUUCUAUUCUACUGAGCUCGCCAACUGCUGAGACUUCGAAUAGGGUUCUCCGCCAUUUUAACCAAGCUCAGGACCGUUUCUUGAGAGUGCAGUUUGUGGAUGAAACGGAGAGUGGUCGUAUGACCAUGAACUCCCACAACAAGGAAGAGAUAUGGAAGAAGUUGCUUAGAACCCUAUACGAAGGCAUCCAAAUUGGCGAUCGGCGAUACGAGUUUUUGGCUUUUGGAAGCUCGCAGCUCAGACAGUCUGGAGCCUAUUUCUUCUGCCCAACUGACCAUAUUUCAUGUGAAGAUAUCCGUCGGUGGAUGGGCCAAGUCAGUCAUAUCAGAAUCGUAGCCAAGUAUGCGGCUCGGCUAGGCCAAUGUUUCUCUACAACAAGAGAGAUGAAGGGUGUCCCCAUCCCGGAUGUACGACCCAUUCCAGAUAUCGAGCGACAUGGUUAUUGUUUUACUGAUGGAGUUGGCAUGAUAUCUGGAUUCAUGGCUCGGAUGAUUGUUGAAGAGCUCGCAUUGGAAAUAUACAAUGACCCAUCUGCAUUCCAAUUUCGCAUGGGUGGUUGCAAAGGUAUAUUGGUAGUCUGGCCUCAGGCUAAAAAAAGCGAGGUUUAUAUCCGAGAAUCUCAGGAGAAGUUCAAAGCUGACGCCAAAAACCUGGAGAUUAUCAAGUGCGCCAAAUAUACCUCUGCCACACUAAAUCGACAAACAAUUACUAUUCUGGAGUAUCUUGGCGUGCCUAAGAAGGCCUUUAUGGAUAUCUUGGAGAAGCAGAUUUCCCUCUACGAAGAAGCUGCCAAGGACAACAACGUGGCAAUUGACGUCUUGAAGAAGUGCGUGGACGAGAACCAGUCUACUUUGGUCUUAGCUGAGCUCUUGCAGGGCGGCUUCAAGACUGACAAGUGCCAAGAGCCGUUUGUGGUUAACUUACUAAAUCUUUGGAGGUCUUGGUCUUUGAAGUUACUCAAAGAAAAGGCUAGAAUCGCUAUUGAAAAGAGUGCCUUUGUUCUGGGUUGUGUAGAUGAGACAGGUACAUUGAGAGGCCACUCAAAUGCGACCGAAGGCACCUCCGACAAAGAUAUCAAUAAACUGCCCCAAAUCUUCUUACAAGUGUCUGACUCUAAAGUAUACAAUACGGCCACAGUGGUUCAGGGCAUCUGCGUUGUUGGGCGAAAUCCGUCAUUGCACCCAGGUGACAUUCGUGUAGUUGAGGCAGUCGAUAUUCCCGAGCUACACCACCUUAAAGACGUCGUUGUCUUUCCUUCGACCGGAGAUCGUCCGGUCCCCAACAUGCUAUCCGGCGGAGACCUCGAUGGCGAUGAUUUUUUCGUCAUUUGGGAGCCCAGCCUGAUCCCCCAGAAGUGGAACCACCCGGCCAUGAACUAUUCUAGCCCAUCGCCGGAGAAACUUGAUCGAGAUGUCAAUGUUGACGAUUUACGAGACUUCUUCGUGAAUUACAUGAAGAAUGACGUGCUUCCGCUUAUCGCAACGGCUCACUUGGCAUUAGCCGACUCUGCUGGACCUGGAUCACCCAUAUGCUUACAACUUGCUGAGCUUCACUCGCAAGCUGUCGACUAUCCGAAGACUGGUGAGCCUGCGGAAUGGAAUCACGCUGCGCAUAACCCGCAGAGUUGGCCACAUUUCAUGGAGAAGCGGCAAUCUUACAUUUCGAAAAUGGCCCUCGGAGCAAUAUAUGAUAGGGUGAUCAAGCAGUCUAUCCGAUUCCGGCCUGACUGGGACUUCGAUUUUGAUGAGCGGAUCCUCAACCGAUUUCAGCUUGAUACUGCGAUUCUCAAAAGCGCUAGACAGAUCAAAGGCCAGUAUGACGCUGCGGUGCGUCGUACCCUGUCGCAUCAUAAUCUAGAUACCGAGUUUGAGUUGUACACGUCCUGGGCUAUGUCAAAACCAACAGUUGGAAGUGACUACAAGCGACAAGAAGAACUCGGUAGGGAAUUCGACGCCAUCAAAGAGAGAUUUCGUGAUUUGUGCUUUGAAGCCGCCGGCGGCCGCGAUGAGAACAAAAUUGACAAAUUCGUGGCAGCCAUGUAUAAGAUCACGGAACAGGAAAUCAAAAUUGCACGUUUUGAGCAUCACCGUGGAUCAACGAAUGAGGCUAGCAAUCUUAUUCCAGCCCGAAAACUCGAAGCAAAGUCAAUGCCUCUCAUUAGUUUCCCUUGGAUCUUUCCUUGGGUCAUGAUCCGUGUCGCAUUAAAUGGAAAGUGUAAUCCCAAACGCUCUAUACUCGCCGCGGCUCAUCGAUUUAUGCCUGUUCCUGAGCUUCCCAUCAUUCGUCGCGCUUCCGCAGGCGUACCCGAAUCCAACGCAUCUCAAGCUCGACUACCCAAGAGCGCGGUCAAUGGUGAUGAAGAGAAGACAUUCGUUGCUCCGGAAGAAGAGAAAAAGGAAGAAAAACUGCCACAGGGCAUGGAGGCGAUAUCUCAAUUUGAAGACUUUGACAACUAAUUUCUGGUUCAUGGUUUCCCUUGCUUAGUGUGUUGAUUGAAGCUUGCUGUGGCUUUCCUCGAAUGCCUUUGCUAACUUUAAUUCGUUAAUUGAUUCGGAGAGAUUUUCCCUCGUUCUUUUCUCAUUUUCUUAAAGAUGUUGUUCCCGCUCAUACUCUGCCAUUGGCACUGUUUGAAC